AUGGCAGCGCCGCCAUCUCUCUUGACUACGACCAGCCCCGUUAUGGCGGGUUGCCGCCGGAACCGAAGUGGCCUGCAACUAAUAGACACGAAGCCUCCUCGAAGAAGACGAGAUGCGUCUGGAUCCUUGAGAGCCACUGCCGCAUCACCGGCGACGGGGAGUGGAAAAGGAGGAAAAAUUAUUUCCUCGACCGUCCCUAAUCUCACGCCCGAGGAAUCGAUUGGCCGGAGGAAAUCUGCCACCAUCAAAAUUGCCGUCCCACUGCAAUCCGGCGUCGACACGGUCACCCUCGAAAUGGAAAGCCCCCCGCCGACCAUCCUGCUGCCAACCGCGAUCGUUAUCCCCUCCGCCCUCAGCCAUUCGCCGGAAGUCGCGGCCGCCAAAUCGCGGAGGAUCACAGCCGUGGUCGUCGCGGCGAAUUCCCGCACGCCGAUGGACCUGAUUGCCCCGGAUCUGAAACUCAUCUGGUGGCCGACGGUUAUCAUCCACGACAUGAUGCCGACGAGAGUGGUUGUUGAUGCACAACGGAGGCACGCCGUCGUCUCCUGCGUCGCGGUUGGCGGCGGGCGGCGGUUACACGGUCGUCAUCUUCUGCGUCGCGGUUGGCGGCGAGCGGCAGAUACACGGCCCUCAUCUCCUGCGUCACGGUUGGCGGCUGGUGGCGGAGUCACGACGGAGGAAGGCGCAGGCUCGAGGCCAUGCCAUCGCCGCCGAGCGAGAAUGGCCGUCGCCUACGCCUAUAUUUCUCCUCAUCCGUCAGUCGCUGCUGCUCGAAGCCAUCCUCCACCGUAUCACAGGUCCCGUCUGUGCGACUUGUCGGUGCGCCGCCCCUGGGAAAAAAACCAGCACACACCAAUUCCAGUGAUGUCUAAAUCUCGCCGCCUCUGCUGCCGUCCAGAAGUUCUCUGCUAUCUUUUGUAUUCCAUCGCCGCCGCGUCUCUCCGUUCAACAGACCGACGGGAAGAUUUUUGA